GUAGAGACACGGAGACCUGCGACUAGACAGAGACACUUCUCUUGAAGCUGCAUUUCACGAUGGACAUAUUACCGUGCACACGUGCCCAACAUUGGAUCAAACCUUUGUUUUUGCUUUAUCUUUUUGUAGCCAAAACACUUGGCGACUGUGACAAACCUGUGUUAGAAGGAAACAUCGUUCUAACCGAUGAAGCUCUUCUGAUGAAUAAAUACCCAGAUAACGUUGAAAUUUCUUUAACAUGUGCCAAUGGAUAUUUAAAAGACAGUGGAUCUGCAACCAUAAAAUGUAUUGAUGGGGCAUGGCAUGACCCAGAUCUAACCUGCAAAAAAAAGGAUUGUGGACCACCACCUCCACGGCCCCACAUGACUUUUGACACAAGCAUGGGCACCCUAUUUGGCGCUGUAGCUACUAUCAUAUGUGAGAAAGGCUUCUCAGUCAAUGGAACGGCUUAUAAGCAUUGCUACAAUACCGGCUGGACUGGGAAGUACACCAUAUGUGAAGUUGUAACAUGCGAUAUACCAGAGGAAAUAUCCAAUGGCAAACAUUUAUGGAAUUCAACAGAAUAUCCAGAAUAUGGAGAUUAUAUAUAUUAUUUAUGUGAUGGUGGAUACAGGCUGACUGGGAAAGAGGCCAUCAUGUGCAAUGAAAAUGGUGAAUUUGACUCCACUCCACCUCAGUGUCUCAGUGUCACUAAAGCGGAUGUAUUUACUACUAAAAUUGUGACAGCACCAACUUCAACCACUACACCUCCAACGCAAGAAACAUCAGCCUCUACAACCUCAGCAGGCACAACAAGGUCAGGUCCCAGAGACAGCACUCACACAGCCAGUGUCUCUCCAACUGUCUCUCUAUCCGCACGAGGUGAAGAUAAGUUCAAAGAUGCAGACAAUACCACCAAUACCAUAAGAUCAACCAUGCCACAUAAUUCUCAAGGAGAUCAAAAAGACGACGUAGUGGAUAUAAAAAAAAAUGUUGGAUACACACCUGUAAUAAUCAGUGUGGUGUGUGUUUCAUUAGUUGUGUGCAUAGCAGUACUUUUUAUUCACAAGUUGCUUAACAAGAGAAAGGGCUCUUAUGACACCAGAGAAGACCUGAAGCCGGAGUUAUUACAGUUCCAAAAUCUAUAGUUUGGCCUCUACCUCCAGCUCACGCCACCUAUCUGUUGGGGAGCAUCUGUGACCUAGGAAGGAUGUGCACACAGACUGUAGCAGGGCUUUGGGUGGAGAGUAACCACUCCAGCAUUAUUGCACUUGAAUGAGAAAGUCUUCAGCCUGCUCGGGACAUGUAUGGAAGUGCACUGACAAAAAGCACCUUUGUAAUAAUCUAUUUUAUUAACACAUCUGUAAAUAGUUGUUUGUACUUUAUUUAUAAUAAAC